GGGGGACUUUGGGGGGUCCCGAGGAGGGGACGUGGCCCCGCCGACCCCCCCUUGUCCCCCCCAGGAGAUGGCAGAGCAGGUGGGGGAGGCUCAGAAGGAAGAGGAGCCCCCGGCCGAGACCGAGAAAGCCGACACAGAGAACGGGGAGAAGGGCGGGGGUCCCGAGGUUGCCGAGGAGGGGCCGGAGCCCCGCGCCCCCCCCCCGAAGCGGCGCAAGUCGGUGCCCCGGGAGCGCCGGGAGCCCCCGGCCGAGGGGGGCUUCGACUUCUGGGGAGAGCUGGAGGUGCAGAGGGUCAAGUUCCUGAAUUACCUGUCGAGGAAUUUCUACAACCUGCGGUUCCUGGCGCUGUUCCUGGCCUUCGCCAUCAACUUCAUCCUCCUCUUCUACAAGGUGCGGGGGUUUGGGG